GAACUUGUACUUUAAAGUUACCCGCAAAGUCGAAACCCCUCCGCCUCACUCCGUUCAGUGUAUUGGCGGCGAAAAAUCCCUUCAAAGACUCGAGACCUCGAGAGUGACGGCGAUAAUGGACCAGAAUCAGAGGACUUCCAGGCCUACUCAGCUCCAUCCAGCCAGGAUCGCCAUCGUCGAUCUCUUCAACCUCUAUCUUGGGAUGAAUUCAGGACAGAAAUCUGAUGAUGUAUCUGGGGAAAUAGCAAACAAGAUGCAGAAGCGAGUAACUGCUCCCAACAGAGAUCUUCCUCCUCGAAAUCAGCAGUUCCUAUUAGAUUUUGUGCAGUUGCAAGGGCAAAUACAAGAUCAGGAGCAACUGCGUGCUGUUACAGAAUCAGUUCUAAUAGCCUUUGUGGUCCAGUGCUGUGCCCAUGUACCACAAUCUGAAUUUCUUCUAUUUGCAUUAAGAAGCUUGAGCAGCGUAGGUCAUGUCAAGUGGGAUUCAUUCCUUCCAUCGCUCCUUUCCACUAUUUCUUCUGCUGAGGGAUCAUCUGGGCCAGGGAGUCCAACAAUGGCAGUAAGCUUGUCUACUGCUGUUGUAGGUUCUACAGGGACCUCUCUUAUUUCUUCAGGUCCUAAUGCUUCUGGCUCCUUUAUAUCUACGCCAGCAUCUCCCCUUCCAUCAAUGCAGGGCAUUGGAUCCCCUACCCAGUCUACAGCUGAGCAGUCUUCUGGGCCAAGUCUCUCGCCAGUUAAGCCUUCUGAUCUUGCUGGCCCUGGUCAACUUCCUAUUAUGAAGGUAAAUCAAUCUGUUAGAACCACUGCUAUAAGCUAUCUACGCCAGUUAGCAAGCAAAGUCAUUCUCAUAGCUCUCGAGUCCAACCUAAAGCCAGUAACCAAUGCAGAGAUUUUCUCUCACAUGACUAAUUGGCUAAUUAACUGGGAUCAAAGAAAUCUAGGCAUUGACGAAUCUGACACUGCAAAGGGUUGGAAGACAGAGAGGCCUCCAUUUGAAUGGAUGCACAUUUGCUUGGAUGUCAUAUGGAAGUUGGUUGAUGAAGAUAGAUGCCUCAUUCCCUUCUAUGAGUUGAUCCGAAGUGGAUUGCAAUUUGUUGAUAACAUUCCUGAUGAUGAGUCUUUGUUUGGGAUCAUUUUGGAGAUCCAUAGAAGGAGGGAUAUGGUGGCCUCCCACAUGCAAAUGUUAGAUCAGCAUCUUCAUUGUCCUUCUUUUGGAACUCAUCGUUUUUUGUCUCAAACCUACCCAAAUGUACCUGGUGAACCUAUAGCAAAUCUUCGUUAUUCACCAAUUACCUAUCCAAGUGUCUUGGGAGAACCAUUACAUGGAGAGGAACUUGCCUUUUCUAUACAAAGAGGUAGUUUAGAUUGGGAGAGGGCACUUCGUUGCCUAAGGCAUGCUCUUCAUACCACUCCUUCUCCGGAUUGGUGGAGACGCGUGCUUCUUGUUGCUCCUUGCUAUAGGCAGCAAGCUCAACCGCCAACACCUGGAGCAGUUUUCUCUCCUGAAAUGAUUUGUGAGGCUGUCAUUGAACGAACUAUUGAAUUACUGAAAUUUUCAAACUCAGAAGUUCAGUGUUGGCAGGAUUGGCUUAUGUUUGCGGAUAUAUUUUUCUUUCUCAUGAAGAGUGGGUGCAUUGAUUUCCUUGAUUUUGUUAACAAACUUGCCUCUAGAGUACCUCAAGGAGAUCUUCGAAGUAAUCAUGUUACAUGGUUACUUGCACAAAUUAUUCGUAUUGAGAUUGUAAUGAACACUUUAAGCUCAGAUCCAAAGAAGGUUGAGACAACGAGAAAGAUCAUUUCCUUCCACAAGGAAGAUAAGAACACAGAUGUAAGCAGCACUAGCCCACAAAAUAUACUUCUGGACUUCAUAAGUAGUAGUCAAACUCUACGCAUUUGGUCCUUCAACUCUGCUAUUCGAGAAUAUUUAAAUAGUGAGCAGCUCCAGAAAGGGAAGAAAAUAGAUGAAUGGUGGAAGCAGGUGACAAAAGGUGAACGCAUGAUGGAUUUUAUGAAUGUGGAUGAAAGAUCAAUGGGUAUGUUUUGGGUUUUGUCAUACACCAUGGCACAGCCGGCUUGUGAUGCUGUGAUGAACUGGUUUACUUCUGCCGGUGUAACUGAAAUUCUGCAAGGACCAAAUGUACAGUCUAAUGAUAGAAUGAUGAUGAUGCGAGAAACUUGCCCUCUUUCUAUGUCACUACUUUCUGGUUUAUCUAUAAACUUAUGCUCGAAACUAGCAUACCAACUUGAAGAGGGAAUAUUUCUUGGACAGGUACUUUAGAAUGAUGUUCUGUUAU